CAGAAACACCUCAAAGCCUGCAUGUAGGAACACCUACUGAGAAGUUAUUUCCAUCAGACACCGGCCGAGUGGGGGAAAGCAAACGAAGAGAGAACCACCACCACACUCCCCUGCCUGGAUGUAAGAGAGCCGGGCAGGAUGGGCUGGCACGUCAGGACCGCUGCGGCGCUGGUCACCCUUCUGGUGUUGGUGGAAGUUAACAGUGAAUUUCGAAUCCAGGUCAGAGAUUAUAACGCUAAGAAUGGCACCAUCAAGUGGCACUCCAUCAGGAGGCACAAGCGCGAGUGGAUCAAGUUUGCUGCAGCCUGCCGUGAAGGCGAAGACAACUCAAAGAGGAACCCAAUCGCCAAAAUUCAUUCAGAUUGUGCUGCAAACCAGCAAGUUACCUACCGCAUCUCUGGAGUAGGAAUUGAUCAACCACCUUUUGGAAUCUUCGUUAUUAACCAAAAAACUGGUGAAAUUAACAUAACAUCCAUAGUUGACCGAGAAGUCACCCCGUUUUUCAUCAUCUACUGCCGGGCUCUGAACUUACAGGGCCAAGAUUUAGAGAGGCCCCUGGAGCUCCGAGUUCGAGUUUUGGAUAUAAAUGACAACCCGCCAGUAUUUUCUAUGUCUAGUUUCCUAGGACAAAUAGAAGAAAACUCUAACGCAAAUACGCUGGUGAUGAGACUCAAUGCUACUGAUGCAGACGAACCCAAUAAUUUGAACUCAAAAAUCGCCUUUAAGAUCAUCAGCCAGGAACCUUCUGAUUCACCCAUGUUUAUUAUCAACAGAUACACUGGAGAAAUUCGGACAAUGAAUAAUUUUCUAGACAGAGAGCAAUACAGCCAAUAUUCUCUUGCUGUAAGAGGCUCAGACCGAGACGGCGGGGCAGAUGGCAUGUCAGCAGACUGCGAAUGCAGCAUUAAAAUCCUCGAUGUCAAUGACAACAUCCCAUACCUGGAAGGGUCUUCGUAUAAACUAGAGAUCGAAGAAAACUCUCUGAACUCAAAUUUGCUCCAACUCAGAGUCAUUGACUUGGACGAGGAGUUCUCCGCUAACUGGAUGGCUGUCAUUUUCUUCAUCUCUGGAAAUGAGGGGAACUGGUUUGACAUAGAAAUGAAUGAAAGAACAAAUGUGGGGACUUUAAGGAUUAUUAAGCCCUUGGAUUAUGAAGCCAUGAAGAAUCUGCAACUCAGUAUCGGUGUUAGAAAUAAAGCUGAAUUCCAUCAAUCAAUUAUGUCUCAAUAUAAGCUCACAGCGACAGCAAUCUCCGUGACUGUGCUAAAUGUAAUUGAAGGCUCAGUGUUCCGUCCAGGUUCAAAGACAUUCGUAGUAACUAGUAACAUGGGACAGAAUUAUAGAGUGGGAGAUUUUAUAGCUACUGACCUGGACGCUGGAGGACCUUCAACAAAAGUUAGAUACGUAAUGGGAAACAAUCCAGCUGACCUGCUCUCUGUUGACUCAAAAACGGGCAUUAUUACUUUGAGAAAUCAAGUUACCAUGGAACAAUAUAAUAUGCUUAAUGGAAAAUACCAAGGAACAAUUCUAUCUAUAGACGAUGGUCUUCAAAGAACUUGUACUGGUACAAUUAAUAUUGAUCUUCAAGGUUCUGGCUGGAAAACUUCCGAAACCACUCCAAAAUAUAACACCGACAGUGGAGGUGGAACUGGUACUGGUGGUGGUACAGGUGAACUUACUACUGGUGAAGUCACUGUCAACACACAAAGCAACAAUGGCAAUGGCAAUGGCAAUGGCAAUGUCGAUGGAGGUAUAACAGACGACUAUAAAGAACCCAUAGGCGUGCCCAUGUUUCCAGAUAAUGUACAUUUUGGUCCCGCUGGCAUUGGACUGCUCGUCAUGGGAUUCUUGGUCCUAGGAUUGGUCCCGUUCUUAUUGAUCUGCUGUGACUGUGGAGGUGCCCCGGGUGGCGGAGCCGGCUUCGAGCCUGUUCCUGAAUGUUCAGAAGGGGCAAUUCAUCCGUGGGCAGUGGAAGGACCAGGGCCUGAGACUGGGAUUAUCCACACCAUCCCUGUACCACAAAUUCCACCAGGAGGGAAUAUAAUCCAAUGUGUUGACACUUCAGGGGUUUAUACAAAUGAGUAUGGUGGCAGAGAAAUGCAAGAGAUGGAAGGAGAAGAAAGAAUGACAGGAUUUGAACUAGCGGAUGGAGUUAAAUCAUCAGGAGCACCUGAGAUCUGCCAAGAAUAUUCUGGAACAUUAAGAAGAAAUUCUAUGAGGGAAUGUAGAGAAGGUCUGAACAUGGACUUUAUGGAAAGUUACUUCUGCCAGAAAGCAUAUGCUUAUGCCGAUGAAGACGAAGGGCGCCCGUCCAAUGACUGUCUGCUCAUAUAUGAUAUUGAAGGUGUGGGUUCCCCCGCUGGCUCUGUGGGCUGUUGUAGCUUCAUUGGAGAAGACUUUGAUGACAGUUUCUUGGAUACACUGGGGCCUAAAUUUAAGAAGCUGGCAGAUAUCAGCCUGGGGAAAAAUGUCGAAUCAUAUCCAGAUUUUGAUCUCCCUUGGCCUGAGAGCACUGAACCGAUUUACCCUCAGCAGGGAACAGAGCCCGUUGCUAGCGGACGCCCACCCAUCUCCCCCUGCUAUGGCACGACUACGGUCAUCUCUGAGAGUGCCUACCCCUCUGGGCCUGGUGUUCAGCAUCCUAUGUCCAUUCCUAUCCCUGACCCCCUGGGCUAUGGUAAUGUCACUGUGACUGAGUCCUACGCCACCGCUGGCACUCUGAAGCCCUCUGUCCACAUCCAUGACAAUCGGCACGCCUCCAACGUGGUGGUGACAGAGAGGGUGGUCGGCCCCAUCUCUGGUGCCGACUUGCAUGGGAUGCUAGAGAUGCCUGACCUAAGAGAGGGGUCAAACGUCAUAGUGACAGAAAGGAUAAUAGCUCCAGGUUCAAGUCUACCCACCACUUUGACCAUCCCCGAUCCCAGAGAGUCUUCCAACGUGGUAGUGACAGAAAGGGUAAUCCGGCCAACUUCUGGCAUGAUGGGCGGCCUGAGUGUGCACCCCGACCUAUCCAACGCCCACAACGUGAUUGUGACCGAGAGGGUUGUGUCUGGCUCUGGCGUAACUGGAUUUAGUGGCCCAGCGGGGAUCAUUGGUGGCAGUGGCACAGUCGGCAGUGGCCUGGUUGGCAGUGAAGCUGGAAUAGGUGGUGGUGGCAUCGGGCUGAGCAGCCUGGGAGGAGGCGGAGGCCUGAGUAGCAGCAUGGGGGGGACAGCCACCAUCGGCCAUAUGAGGAGCUCCUCUGACCAUCACUUUAGCCAGACCCUUGGAUCCACUUCCCCGAGCACAGCCCGAAGUCGAAUCACCAAGUACAGUACCGUGCAAUAUACUAAGUAGCCAGGGUCCCAGCACACUUUUCCUCAGGGAUUGAGAGUCAGCUCCAAUUCCCACCCCCAAAAAGCUGACAGUGGGAUUUGUGAUGCGCAACCAGGUGCUAAGGAAAGUGUGGAACACAGUUUCCUCCAACCACAAGGAGGAAAACAGAUGGAAACGGGUUGUUGGGCAAGAGGUCUCCUUAGCCUGGGUUCAUUCUCUUCUUGUAUUAGUCCCAGUGGAGUCACGAGGCAGCAUUCUCUUUGCUGCUGUGUGGCCUGCAGUGCACCUCCAGCAUGUGGAAGAAAGAAAACUCAGCCAGG